AUGGAUGGGGAAAUGGCAAUAAUAGAAAGCAGCAAUCAUGUCGGGACUUCAUCGCCUACCACUGAAACACAGUUUACUAUAGAUUCUUCCGCAUUGAAAGACCAAGAAACCAAAGAAAGCAUAACAAAUUCACCGACAAGCGAGGUACCGAUUGAAACAAAACUACCAAAAAGUUCUGAUAUAGUAACAGAGGAAAAACAUCCUCAAAACACGACUACUGAUAUUGAAAACGAGGUAGAGAAUCCUGUUACAGACGAUAAUGGAAAUUUGAAACUUGAAUUACCUGAUAACCUUGAUAACGCUGAUUUUUCGAAGCUACUGGAAUUUGAUGCAAAAAAUGAUGAAGCUCUGUUCAACUCAAAUGAGUUGUUAUCCCACACCAUGGAUCCUGUAAAUAACAUCGAUUUAACUCAUGAUCACAGCAGGGAGGUUUCAUCAAAAGAAGAUAUCAAUAUAGAGCCAGUAAACCCUGAUGAGGACGAAAGGGAGAAAACUCAAGAUAACACAGCAGCAGUGAAAACUGAAGGCAUAAGGAACUCAGAAGAUACAAGUAUACAAAAGGAUGAACCCACUGCUGAUGCUAUAUACACAGAUGUGCAUAAAUUAUCAGUAAACAAAGAUACCGAGACCCUACCAACAUUAGUAGAUGAAAAAAACAACAUGCUGCAUAUGAGAAACAAUUCAAUAACGCCAAUAAUGUUUCAGCAGCAUGAAUUAGUGGGACAACCGCCACAAAACACUGUAACGGAAAAUAAUAGUACAGAUGCUGAAACUACCCAACGAAAACUAUCUGAGCCAAUCGAUGCAAGUUUACCGCUACCGAAUGAACAACCGACUAUCUUCGCCUAUGCAAGGCUGGACUUUCAAAGUUUCACAUUUUAUGUACAAACAUUACAUGCAAUAAUCGGAAGGAGGUCUGAGAAUGACUUCUCCCACAAAGUUGACGUUAAUCUUGGUCCUUCAAAAUCAAUAUCGAGGAGACACGCCCAGAUUUUUUACAAUUUUGGGACAGGAAGGUUCGAAUUGUCCAUAAUAGGGAAGAAUGGUGCUUUUGUGGAUGACAUUUUCGUUGAAAAAGGAAAUACUGUGCCACUUCGUAAUAAGACAAAAAUUCAAAUUGGACAAAUUCCAUUUCAAUUUAUUUUACCAGAACAAGAACGUAACGACGAUAGCAAAAGCCCAGAAAACGCUGACAUAGCAGAAUCUGAAAUAAAUACAAGAAAUCUCAAAAAAAACGAGCCCAAAUCUAAGAAAAAGAUUACAACUGGAGCAAAGCCCAAGAAAGCGCAGACCAAACCAGCUGUUAAGAAAGAAAAGAAGCCACCGAAAAUACCAAAGAAAGUAUAUACUUUGGAGGAGAUUCCAGUAGAAUAUAGAACGAAACCUACUGUAUCUUACUCUGCUAUGCUAACUACUUGCAUACGAAAGUACUCGACUGCCAAGGGAAUGUCUUUAUCUGAAAUUUAUGCAGGAAUAAGAGAACUCUUCCCCUAUUAUAAAUACUGUCCUGAUGGGUGGCAAAGCUCGGUAAGACACAACUUAUCGCUAAAUAAAUCUUUCAGGAAGGUUUCUAAAGAAGGCAAAGGAUGGUUAUGGGGUCUUGAUGAAGAAUAUAUUGCAGAGAGGGAACGACAGAAAAAGAAACAAAGUGAGAUAGCUGUGGCAAAGGCACAAGCUGCACAAUUAAAACUUGAACAGCAACAGCACAAACUUCAGCAAGUGCCGCAGAGGGGCAAAAAAGAUAUUGUUUCGCAGAGAUCUAACGUUAAUGCGAGAAAACAAAACAUCUCACAAACUCUUGCAGCAAACAGAGCCGCCUCGAACAGGAAAAAUACAGCAAGUGAUAAUCAAAGGACAAUGAAAUAUCUGCAGGAACAGCUUGUCAUUUUAACACGAGAUAGAAAGGGUUUAUCGAAGCAGGUCAUCGCUGCAAUUUUGACGCAGGCUCUAGCUAUGACAAUAAAUCAGGUUACACAAGCGGCAAAAAACAAGGGGAUUACUGGUAAUCCACUUACAGCCUUGAUGGACAAGAAUCCUCAGCAUUUGAAUCUAAUUUUAGCAGCUGCUGUAAACGCGGCAACUGCAAAAGUCACAAAAGGUGAGGUAAAGCAAUUAGUGAACCCUGAAACUACAGCGGCGGCGGCUUUAGCAGCUAAGGCACAGCAUUCCAAACCGAUACGCCAACCAAUAGUCCAGACGCCGCAUGUACCAGAUAGGCCUCCAUCUCAGUUAUCUGCGUCGGCAUCAUCCCAUCCCAAUAAUUACUUGCAUGAUAAACAACCGGGAUCGUUUGAUCCUUCGUCCUUGUCUCGAUUUUUUCAACCGAGACAAAAUGCUAGGGCUACAUCCUCUGUGGCAGCUACGUCAGUUCCGGCGGCUGCUUCUCAAAAUGUUGAUGCACAACCCAAACCUAAGCCUGCACAGGACAACGACUUAGAAAGUGAAAGCGGCACUAGUAGUAGUAGCAGUUCCAGUAGUGAGAGCGGAAGCGAGAGCGAUAGUGGUAGCGAUGACGGUAGUGCUAGUGGAAGCGGCGAUAAUAGCAGCACUAGUAGUGAAAGCGAAAGCGAAAGUGAUAGUGGAAGCGAAGUAGAUGAAAAGAACAACAAAAACGAAAAGAUCGAUAGUGAAAGUAUUAAAAACAACGAAUCUAAAGAUGAUAUUCCAUCUAAAGACGAGAAUAGUAGCAAUGAUAAUCGCGAGAUUUCAAAAACCGACGAAGAAGGUCAUGAUUCUAAAAGGCGGAAGGUCAGCGAGGAUAUCAACGAGGGUAUCACUGAAGUAAAUGUAUCCCUUGAGGAAAAACUUUAA